AUGGGGGGAUGCCCCAGGAAGCGGGAUCCCGGCUCCGAGCCUCCAGAGCCCCGGCAGCAGCAGCGGGAGCAGGCACGGUCCAGCCCGGCUGAUCGAGCGGGAGACCCGGCCCGGUGAUGGUGAUGACCGAUUGCCGAAAGGUGCCGGGCCUGCCCCAGAGGCGGCCCCUCCGGGUGGGUUUCUAUGAGAUCGAGAAGACCCUGGGCAAAGGGAACUUCGCGGUGGUGAAGCUGGCGAGGCACCGAGUGACUAGGAGCCGGGUCGCAAUUAAAAUCAUCGACAAGACUCGGCUGGACCCCGGUAAUUUGGAAAAGAUUUACCGCGAAGUACAAAUCAUGAAGCUGCUAAACCACCCGCACAUCAUUAAACUCUAUCAGGUUAUGGAAACAAAGGACAUGUUGUAUAUUGUGACAGAGUUUGCACAGAAUGGUGAAAUGUUUGAUUAUCUGUCUGCAAACGGCCCGUUAAGUGAGAGUGAAGCCUGUGCCAAAUUCUGGCAGAUCCUGAUGGCUGUGGAAUAUUGUCACAAUCAUCAUAUCGUUCACCGAGAUUUAAAGAGUGAGAAUCUGCUGCUUGAUGAUAACAUGAAUAUUAAGAUUGCAGAUUUUGGUUUUGGAAAUUUUUACAAACAAGGUGAGUCAUUAUCUACCUGGUGUGGAAGCCCACCCUACGCAGCACCAGAAGUCUUUGAAGGGAAAGAGUAUGAAGGUCCUCACAUUGAUAUCUGGAGCUUGGGUGUGGUCCUGUAUGUUCUAGUUUGUGGAUCCCUGCCAUUUGAUGGACCAACAUUACCAGUCCUCAGGCAGAGGGUGAUAGAAGGUCGUUUCCGAAUCCCAUUCUUCUUAUCUGAAGACUGUGAAAAUUUAAUCCGACGCAUGUUAAUAGUGGAUCCUUUGAAGAGGAUUACAGUCUCGCAGAUUAAACAGCACCGUUGGAUGUUGACACAGAAACCGCCAAUUUACACACUCAAAGACUACAACUCAAACCUUGGCAAUUACAACCAGCAGGUCCUUAGCCUCAUGCACAGCCUUGGUGUUGACAAACAGAAGACCAUUGAGUCAUUACAAAACAGCAGUUACAACCACUUUUCUGCAAUCUACUACCUUCUUCUUGAAAGAGUUAAAGAACACAGAAGUAAUCAGGCAAUGAACUAUCAGUCUUCAGCACAAUAUCAAGUGCCCAGAGCAGCCUCUGAACCCUUUCAAACUGAGCCAGUGCUUCUACAAGUGGAUGCAUCUGUCAAUGUCCUGAUCAGGAAUCGUUCAAUAUCUCGCAGCACCUUGCUGGAAACCACUAUCAGCGAAGAGGCAAGACAGGAACAGGAUCUAGAGGAAAAUAUAAUGGAGAAAAUCCAGAUCCCACUGCUCACUCUCAGCAGUGCAAACCGGCGACACACAGUGGCUGGUGUGUCAGCUCAUUUGAACAACGAGGCUGCUCCCUGUACAGCAAUCUCCUCACAAGCCAGGAAACCAGAUGAUGCAUAUUCCAAUAGCUGUCUAAUGACCUCAUCUGAUGAUGGAUUCCACUCCCCAAACAUCAUGAGGUUCACAGAUGAGGCAAUGGCUCCACAAUUUGUGUACACCACUUCUGCAACUCCAAUACUGCAGCCACAGGAACAUGGAGCUGGAAUCUGUGACACUCAGCUGCCACUCACUUUCCAGGAAGGACGAAGAGCCUCUGACACCUCACUAACUGCAGGUUUGAAACCUUUCCGACAGCAGCUGCGUAAAAGCACCAGAGCAAGAGGAUUCUUUGGGCUUAACAAAAUCACUGGAAUCACUCGACAUAUCUGGAGGUCUCCAUCCUGCUCCGGCUCACGGAAUCGAGCAGCUCAGCAGCACCCUCGUGGCAACCAACAGCAGGUUGAGAACAUUUUGCCAAAUCCUGUCCUCAGGAUCUCAACAGAAGGCAGCAAUCUAUUGGACAACGUUUUGCACCAACAAAAAAUGCUGCAGCUGAGAUGCCUGAACAGUUGCCACCCUAAAUGCUUUGCAGAGCCUGAAUCUAUGAAGACACCUGUGCUCCAGAGUGUGAUGGAAGUAGCACAUGAUUUUAAACCUGCUCCUCAUUUAACGCCCUUUCUGUCAGACUUCACACAAACAGACACUGAGGCAGCUGUCUGCACAGCCCAGUCACAGCUGCACUGUUUACUGGGUGUGAACCUGAUGCAGGCUCCUCUCAGCACCAGCCCCAUGGAUUUACACCCCACCUUCUCCACGUUCUUCCAUCAAACCCUGUUCUCAUCACAAAAGCAAAGUGAGGGACUGGGAAUAGACUGUGAAAUGGAGGAUCUGACAAGAACACAACUUGACCAAAUUGUGUUGGUGAAUUAACCUGCUGGACUCCAUGAACGCUGAAACCUCUGAAGCAAUAAAACCAUCGAUCUGUGAUAUUCUGAUAAUUAACCGCAAGUGACAAAACCCAAUCAAUGGCAUCAAUUCUCCCGCUUUUUAAAAUUAUUUUGGAAAUAUUUCCAUGCCUGGAAAAGCCCAAUAACCAAAGGAUGGUUCCACUCCAUCCCUUCUUCAUUGUUAUAAGCUGCAAUUGGAGGUUCUUGUGGCACAGUGGGAGUGUCCCUACCUUUGGUCCAGGAGGCUUGGGUUCAAGUUCCAGUUGCUCCAGAGGUGUAUCUUAACAUUUCUGAAUAGGUUGAUUUUAAAAAAAGCAUUAUAAGCUACAAUUGAGGCAUAAGUCACUUUAAUUAUUAAUUCACACCAAAAGUAAACUCAGGCCUGUUGGAGGAAGUCAUUAUUGAAUGUCGAGAGUGUCUCUGCAUUGUCAAUUGUUGAAGUGAUUCAGUGGCCAGAAUUACCUCAAAAAUUACUCGAAGCUAUUACUGGUGAUUGGACCCACUUAUUGCAAUCUGCUGGGAUUGAAUAGUGUGCUGGCACAACCCUGCAUAUCUCAAUCCAACCAGGAAUCCACCCUUCAGGAGGGGAAACUGCUACAUUUCUGGAUACAUUGAUCACCAUCAGUUAUAAGAUUUUUGGGAUUUUAGUAUUCUGUUUGCAACUGGGAAAUUCUGCUGGCUGCAAAAGAAAAACUCCUCCUUGUAUUCCUGCAUUGUUCACUGGCUGUGUACUGGUGUUUGAAUUUCCAAUGAUUACCCUGGGAUCAGGAAAUAUUUUGGUGUAAAGAAUCCAGAAAAGAUUGGAAUUCUGCUGAUCAUAUGAUUUUAAAAAAUUAAUAUCUGGGUCCAAAUAGGAAUGAAUCCACUUUAGGGACUGUGCAAUAACCUGUUCCAGUUUGCACCCAUUGUAAAGGAAAAUGAACAACUUUGUAGUAUCUUAUUUAAGUAUGAGUAAAGUACUAAAAUAUUAUUAAAAGUUGUCAUACUUUUUUAACAGAAUUCCUGAGUUAAUUCACUAAUUACCAGGAUUUUACAGCGUGUUUUAAAAAUCCUAUUUCUUCCAAGUUCAGAUUAAUUUGAGCCUUCCUCAGUAUUUGGCUACCCUGUAUUUUAGUCACUGAUCAUUGUUACACUUUCUUACAGGUGUGUAUGCCAAUGGGUUAGGCAACCAUUGUGAUGAUAGUCAUAACACUCAUAUCAGUGACCUUUUAGCAAACUGACUUACACAUUAAUCUAAUUUCUCAAUACAGUAUGACAAAAAAAGUAGAACCUUUUACUGAAGACAUAGAGGUGGCAACCCUGCAGAUACUGCAAAUUUGCCUUUAGAGGUUAAAACUGAAGGACUAAGCUGCUGUGCAUCUGUCAUUGUCUAAGUUCAGAGGUUUUGUUGUAACUGGACUGGAAUUUAUUUCUUUUGACCUCCUAAUAUCCACACUGAAUGCUGCCUCCAUCAAAGUUUUCUUUAUGGUUUAUAGUAUCCUCUCUACGACAUGCCUCUGACAAACAUGUAUUUAUUCUCAUUCAGGUCCACAGUGAAAUUGCACUGUAAAAUAUUCAGGGGUGUAUUUUCACUGGGUUUGUAAACUGGAGACCCAGGCUAAUGCUCUUGGCAGAGGUAUUUAAACCCCACCAUGGAAAAUCAUGAUAUUUGAGUUCAACAAAAAUCUGGAAUUAAAGACCAACCUAUUGAUGACCCUGUAAGCUUUGUUGAUUGUAAAAAUCCAUCUAAUUUAGGGAAGGAAAGCUGCUAUCCUUAUUUGGUCUGGCCUACACAUGACUCUUGAUCGACAGCAAUGUGGUUGACUGGCUCUCAGCCGUUGAUCAGUUAGUGGGAAACUAACAAUGGGCAUUGCCUGCCAGUGACACUCACACCCCAUACAAGAAAAUCGAAUUUGAAUUUGCUACAGUGUGAUUGGAUCGUGUAGGUUUGAAUUUUAGGGAAUGGUAGAAUCUGUACUGCUUGAUCAACUUCACU